AUGAGCCCUAAUGCCAAAAGGAAGGACCCUUCUCUCCCUGCUGCCACCGUCACAACAACCACAACCACUCCUACAGCCACUCCAACAACAACCACUCCAUCGCCAACAACACUGAUAUCGAACACAAAGGCCACCUCAACCCCUAUUGCCAUCGCACGCAACUCAAUGGCCUCCUCACAACCAGAAAUCACCCCUCGGAAGACGACCUCUCACGAAGGCCUUCAAAAGGCAGCCCAGCCCAGCAACGCCAGCUCAGGUAGUGGUGUCAGCAGCAACAGUGGCAGUGCCAACCUGGCCAAGGGCAAUAACAACAGCAGCAACAACAGCGCCAACAGUGGCGGCGGAAGCGUGUCUGCAUUCUCAUACCUCAGACAGAAGUUUUUUGGCACCUCAUCAGUCGACCUUGUGACGGCGCCGGCAGCAGCAACAGGUCCUGCCAAGGACCCAGCCCCGUCCCCUUCAACAGGACCCCCAUCUGGUCACUAUGGUCACGAGAAACUGCAGACCAGCAUCGAAGGCAGUAGUUCUUAUCCCUCUUUGACUUCAGUCUCUUCGCCUUCAGAAUCAUCACCCCUCUCACCCACGACAGCAACAGCUACACAGCAACAGCAACAACCACAAUCACAUCGAUUCUUCUCACGGACCCUUCCAAGUCGUCGCCAGGCACAGCUGCCACAGCAGACGGAUCAAGCCCCAUUCGCUCUUGGACCACCCAUCACAACUGUUACCAAUACGGACCCGGUCUCGCCCUCAUCAACCAUGACCAGGCGCUCAUCCUCAACAGUAUCACCCGGAACAGUGACGGUAGUCCCUCCGACACUGUCGCGAGACUACGGCCAAAACCACGCCCAACCGCAGCGCCGCCGCCCAUCUGCCGUUUCACAGGCGACGCUCAACAAACAUCUCAGCACCGGAAGUAUGAUCUGUCAGGAAGGCUAUCUCAACAAAAAGGUCGACCUGCAUUCGGGCGAGGCAGGUCAUGGGUGGAAGGUCUACAAGGUGGUCCUCAAGAGCUCCAAGCUAUAUUUCUUUCGGCCAGGAUCGACAGAUGAAAAGCCUAAAUUUCAGGAUGCAAAGGACCAUCAACGCCACCAAAUGUCUCUGGCACGCGGACUGCAGGACGACCCUUUCAACUCUCUACACUCUCAGCACUCUUCUGUGAGUGGAGCUGCCUCGUCACGAAUGUCCAUCACGAACGAGUGCGGUAUGGUCCUCUCGGCCUUCAAGUUCGAAUCAUCGACACGGACGCUGCUGUUUGAGGGCAACGCCAAGGUUCUUGGUCAAGGAACACUUGUUUUUGCCCCACCUGUCGCACGAUACAUCUACGGAGAGUCGUUUACGGAAAUCGAUCGAGCAACCAUGCAGUUCAAAAAACAUGUGGCGCUUUUGUUGUUCGAGGAUAGUGUCAUGAUCUGCAAGCGCAAGUGGAUUCGGUCGACUGCCGCCAAGGUCAAGGAUGCGAUCAAAUUCAGCUCGAAUACACAUGAGAAGUCCGACCGACAGGAACCCUCGUCGAUGGGCAAGCGUCAACCUUCUGUCUCUGGCAUCAGCUACAAGUCUGGCGACUCUCGGGGGUCGGAAGGUCAACCAAAAUCUCGGAGCAGUUUCGACCGACCAACCGACAAACAAAAAGGAUACUUUACAAAAUGGAAGCAUGUGGCGACUUACCCCUUAGCUCAGGUAGAGGCUCUCGAUAUGGCUUCGCCUGUGCCAUCAGCGUCUGCGACAUUCUACCCAUUUGCUGCGCCCGCCACAGCAGCCAGUGCAUCCUUAGCGAGCGUUGAACGGAACCCCAGAGAUUCAGACGCCUCAUCUAUCUAUCGACCUUCUUCUGCACCGUCCUAUAACUACCAAACGACCUCGACUUUGGAACUUGUCAUUACUUCCAACAUUGAUGACAGGGAAUACACGGAUCGCCUCUUGUUUUUGCCACCAUCUCAGGAAGUCCGACAUCGGUGGUACACCAAGUUCAAUCGAGCAAAGGAGCUGCAGCAAAUGCAGUCAAAGACCGCAACAAAAGGACGAGGCAAGUCAAAAUCAUACUGCUCUUAUUUCACAUAUCGCAAUAUUUUGUGCAAGUAUCUCACCAAAAUCUUAUUCUUUUGGACGUCAAUAGCAUCGGUUGAGAGUCUUCAUUACAAGGAGGCAGGACCACCUCGCUCCUCCCAUUCCAAUCACUCGACCCUCUCACUUCACUCACCCACCUCGCCGAGGCCGUAUUCUGAUACUGGUGACUUUACACUGGAGAGCUGGAGGGUUGAUCGAUCAAAGGAGUUCAACAACAUUACACUGCACCCCGAACUCACAUUCAACCUGGACGAGGACACCGGUGAAGAGAAACUGGCAGGAGCAUCCAUCAACGGACUCAUCCACGAACUGGUCUUCAACAACACUGUACGACCUGAUGCAGGACUCGUGUUGGCUUUCGCAUCGACCUUCCCUCUGUUUGUGACCUCUUUCCGUGUCCUGAAGGAACUUGAGCGGUGUAUUGGUUUGAAACCUGUUGCUGAAAAGACCGAAGCGAUAAUAGAGAUGGCCAAGCGGAUUGAGACCCUGGUUCAAGAGAUGGUGGCAAGGUUCAACAUUCACUCCGAGGGCAAGAGUGCGCUGGAUCAGAUUCGAGUAUUUACGAUGACGAUCCUGCAGGGUCGAUUGCAGUCUGAGGCGGUCUCGGGCAUUCUUAGCAGGAUUGACGGUAUACUUCAGGAGUACAGCCAGUCAGCUCCCGAGCUACCUCAACAAGAGAGCUCGGCGCAGUCAACGCGGUUAGGGUCAGGAGAAGGAGUGGUGGAUCUCUCGCAUGUACUCAUUACAGGACUCACCCCGGCUCUGUUUCUCAAAAUGGAGCCGUCGUACUUUUCUGAGCAGGUGCUUCGGUAUCAUGGCGAUCAACUCCAAAAGGCCGGGGGCAUCACGUCAAUGCUCAACAACCCUGCCUACUUUUUGCGACAGUAUCCGACCGUCAAGGCAAAACAGCAUCUUCAGAGCUCGCUUGUCUUUUCGAUGAACUCGCCUCAUUUCCUCACAGUUCUCAUAACACAUCACAUCUUGAUCGCCACCCAGUCUGUCCAGAGUACCUCCAGGCGCCCAAAGUUGUUGGCACAGUGGAUCAGGACGGGUCGGUGCAGUCGAGCUCUAGGAGAUAUGGCAGGAUUUGUGGCGAUUGCUAUCGGACUGUGCUCUCCUGGGGUUGUUCGUCUCCAGGAGACGUGGAAGCAGGUCCCACUAGAGCUUAGGAAAGAAGUCGCUGAUGCCUGGAUGCCACUUCUUAUCAAGCUGACGUUGGUGACAGAGGAAAUGAGAGAUAUGGCGAUAUCGUCCUUCAACCUUGGACCUUCCCUCAGCACUGUCCUCGACCUGUCAGUCGAGGGUGUCGCCACCGUCAUUCCUUGUCUCGGCAACAUCAAACAGUCGAUCGACCAACUGGAUGCUGUCAUGCCUUCUUUCAUCCAGUCCAACCCAGUACCACACCUCAACGUCGACAAACUGGAACGCAUUCAUUUGAUUCUUCAGGGAGCCAGAGUUUCCUAUUCCCACGACCGCCGACUCUCUCCACCACUCUACUCUUCCCCAGCCAAUGGACAUCUGCAGCAAUACUUCAGCCACCUCGCCAACAUUAGCCAAACGCUCCACGACCAGUACCGCUUUAACGAGCUCUCUAACGACGCCUUUGAGUCCUCGCUGGCCUGUGAACCCCAUAUCAACGGACAGUAUCUCGACUACCAUUACAAGAACAGGAAGAUGACCGGAAGUUUUAUCCCGCUGAUGUUCCCCGAGACCAUCCCGACACGUCGACUAUUCCCGAUUCAGCACCUGUUAUCUCUCGAGCAGUAUGGCAACACUAAUCGCAAGAGCUCUUUUGAUGAGGCGGAGUCAUCACCAACGACGACCUUCGCCAGAGGAGGAAACAACCCGCCACGGCAGCCUUCGGGAGAUCGACCACCUGGGUCAAUGGAAUGGGCCGACUCUGCUGCUACCCUUCACGCGACUACACACUAUGGAGCAACCGAAGCUUCUGCGUACCCACAGGCUCGGAAACGCACCUACUCUUUCCCACCCGCCAGGGUCGCUGCCAGGAGUUCUGGAUGCUUUGGGAACCGCCAGAUGAUCAACAUGAUCAACCCGCAUGUGGAUGGCGUGGCGAGGGAGGCUGUCAACCGGGUGGAGGAGAAGGAUCAGACGAUUGCCACGGCGGCGAUGAGGAACGUGACGGGAAUCGACUUCAACAUGAUUUCGAUCGAGGGCGGACACUUGAUACUGAAGGUCAAGGAUGAGAGUUUGGAGGAUCUGGUCAAGGCUGUCAAGAUGGAGGAGGAGCUCUUGCCCACGGUCUUGAAGAACCAACACCAACACUCCUUGGCGGUCGAGAUCAAGACAGGCACAGCAGGAAGUCAGCGUGGAUCGAACCGGAGCAGUCUUUUGCUCAGCGGAGCACGGACCGCGUUGGUCAAGGCUGGGUCUCUUGAGUCGUUGAUCUACAUGACUGUUAUGGGUUUGGAUGACCAGAGUGGCAAGUACAUCGAUGAGAAGGGUGACAUGGUCCUUUGGAGCAGUCGACAGCUUGUCCUGGAUCGCGACACUUUCACCGCCGCCUUCUUUGCGACCUACCGGAGUUUCUGUACAACAACCCGGCUCCUCGACCAGUUGGUGGCGUUUUUCAUGUUCUCACACGAACCAGCCAAGCAGCGACGCGACUCCAACAUCCCGUCGGGUCUCGAUCUCUUCCUUGGAUCUUCCUGUGGCGACCAUAAUGACCUCGCGAGCGUUACCCCUGUGAAUCCUAUUAGCGGCGACGUGGAUUUGUUUGAUUGGAAGCGGAUCCUGACGGUGCAGCAGCGUGUCUUAAAGGUCUUGGACUACUGGCUGCUGGUCCACUAUUCCGACUUUUUGGAUGACCUCCACAUGAAAACCAAAUUGGCCGACGUGCUCACACGUCUCGGAGUUCAGGAGAAGUCGCAGAAGGUGCUGAUUGAUGCCUCUCACGAGGCGGAUGUCCGUGCGCUGAAAGAGGCCUUAACGGGAGUACAACAGCGUGCGGUUCAGCAAUCGAUGAAGCCACUGGACGCCUCCUACCUAGGUUGGGACACUGUCGAGACCUUCCUGGGUAUACCGCCAUCGAUUGAGCCAACUAUGGAGGACUCGUGGACAGCAGGACACAUCUUGAGGCAACUCAACACUGCAGCAAUGGCGCACUUUUUAUCGAUCCGUAAUCAGGAGUGGUUUGUGCUCUUUGAGAUCCUGGAAUCGCAGUCCGCCGACCCUCUAGGCUGGUACCUUCCCCGGACUGGAUCUUCCGUAGCCGAGGACGACAUUGUCAUCACGGAAAUCCACAACACCCUGUACUCGAUCCGACGGAACGGCGCUUUUGGAACUCACUGGAAUGGCGAGCGUCUGAUCAACUCUUUGCCGAUGUGUCUCCAAUCCUUCUGCAAACUGCAUCACACCAUUCGGUGUUGGGUUAACGCCCAGAUUGCGGCGCCUGGAAUCGCGUUUGAUGUGCGAGUUGGGCGGAUCCGGAAGUUUUUGGAUGUGGUCUUGCAGAGCAGGGUUUUGAUGGCUCGGUUUGUGCAGGACCCUAAAAAGGCGCCAACGACUAGUCGGCGGUCAGGAUCGGACAAACCUUCGUCGCCGUUGUCGCCCCCCUCUCCGUUUGUGGGCAUCCCGUCAUUUAUCGAAGCGGCCAUUGCAAGCGCGCUUGUCAGCCCCGAGAGUCGAGCUUAUACGCGAGCGUGGUUAGAGGUCGCAGCUGGCCAGAGAAGCGCUGUGGAAACUUUGGAGGAAAUUUUGGCAGUCCGCCGCGGACAGGAGAAGCCGACAAUUCCUUUAGACUUCGAUACAUCUGCCGAGGAGAUUGUCCCCGAGAUUGGAUGGCUGAUUGAACGGAUGCUGGAGGCUUGUUGCUAUCUCCGCGACAUGAGUUACGAAUCGCCUCUGUUGGUCAACUUUGAUAAGCGCCAGUACAUCUAUGACCUGGUCAAGAUCUAUACCCGACGACAGGAGCUGCUCAAGGAUGCCAACAAGACGUCGACGCCGCUUUCGUCAUGGCUCGGCAUGUCAUCCGGACCUGGAUCCGUCCCUUCAAUCAAGGCCGUUCGUGAAGCCGCGCAGAAGGAACUGAACCAUCAACGAAGCGGGUCCUCGAGUCAAUUGACAGCAGCGGUGGCGGGACAGCCAGGAGCAGCAGGAACAACAUCAGGAACACCACCCCGUGCAUCGUCAAAACCCGUCCGGAUCUUCUCGCGACUUGUGGCCACGCAACACGAAAAGUUCAAGCGCGACCAGAAGGAGUUUGAGCGACUCGAUCGACAGAUCAAGGAUACCCAGGGUCGGAUCCAGAAGGCGCAACAGGAGCAGGCCAAGACGCUCGAGAAGCAGAUCAAACUCGAACAGAGUCGGAGUCGUGUCAAGAACCAGUUGUUGAAAUCGACUCUUAUGCGUGCGAUGCGGCCUAUCUCCUUGGCGAUCACUAAUUCUUGGAGCACGGCGACGACGACUGUCAGCAAUGCGACUGCCCUGGGGAGCGCUAUCAGUGGCAAGGUCAUGGGCGGGAACUCUGCGAACAAUAACGGCCAACAGGAAGCUUUUGGUGGAGACGGAUCGGAGUCGCAGGUUGGUGGAGGUGGCGGUGGCGGUGGUAAUGUCCAGAACCAACCACGGAUUGCAUCUGUCGCAGGAAGCCUCAACGCCGGAGGACUCAAACCGGCCCUCGUCAUCAGCCUGAUCAACUCCACCUGCUCUGUCGCCUACACCUACACCAAACGAGACCACGUCUUCAAAAUUGUCAACGAGGAAGGAGGCCAGUUCUUGCUGCAGGCCUUGGACUAUGACGAUAUGCUGCAGUGGAUCAAGACCAUGAACGAUGCUGCGGCCGAGGCGACGGCCAAGCGACGGACUCUGUUGGAUCAUGACGAGUCCUUGAAGCGGGCGCUCGAAACUGCUGCCCAGGAGGAUGAGCUCCCACCACCUAUCGAGAACGAGCGCAAAGGCCGCAAUUCUGUCUUUGGAGUGGAGCUGCGACAUUUGAUGAGCCAUGGCGAUGUGCCCCUGAUUGUUGAAAAGUGUAUUACCGAAAUUGAGAAGCGCGGCCUCGAGGAAGUGGGCAUCUAUCGUGUCCCUGGCGCUGUCUCUGCCAUCAACCGCCUUCGACUUAGGUUCAACUCUGGUUCGCAGGAUGUGAACCUGGACAGCGACGAAUGGGAGGAUAUCAAUGUGGUAGCAGGCGCGUUGAAACAGUUCUUGAGAGAGCUCCCCGAGGCCGUCAUGACCAGUGCCCUCUACGACUCCCUCAUCGCCGCCUCUGCUCUGGGGGAUUAUGACGAACGACUGCUAACAAUGAAAGACUUGAUCAGGACCCUCCCACCCCCCAACUACAUCCUCCUCAAACGGAUCGUCGAGCAUCUCGAGCGCGUGACGGACUAUGAAGAGAUCAACCACAUGUACGCCACAAACCUCGCCAUUGUCUUUGGACCGACUCUACUCCGUCCUGCUGGGUCCUCUGCAAACUCGUUUGCGACAAGUAUGAAGAAUUUGGGGCAUCAGCAGAAUAUUGUCAGGAAUCUGAUCCUGCAGUAUCACUGGCUUUUUGAUGUUGAGGAUGAGGAGGAGGGUGCUGCUGCCGACGUGGAGGGUGAGGAUGAGGUUGUAGAUGGUGUCGCUGCGGAUGGUACCCAGAGUGCGGACGAGGAGGACGAGGAGAGCGAGUUUCCGGAGAUCUUGGAGGAUAGUGAUGAGGACGAGUAUGAGGAGGAAGAAGAAGUCUAUGUCCUCUCAACUGCUCCUUCAACCCCUUUGACACCUUCCUUUACCGCUACAAUUCCUUACUCAGGAACCACAGGGGGAGCUGGGGGACCGCUGAAGGAGAACAACGAUCGGGCAACGAAGGACCAGCGACGGAAAACCAUUGUCUUUGGGUAG